GUUUUUAUUUACUUUAUGUGUGUUUUGUGUUUAUUUUUUCGAAUUGGCGGUUUAGUAAAGAACCAAGCAGUGUCAUCAUUAGGCUGUUUUUGUGCCUUAACAUUAUUGAUCAGGUAUUGCAAUAGAGAUUUUGAUGAUGAGAAGAUCCUUAUUCAGCACCAAAAAGCAAAGCAUUUUAAAUGCCAUAUAUGUCACAAGAAAUUGUAUACAGGACCUGGCUUAGCUAUUCAUUGCAUGCAGGUACAUAAAGAAACAAUAGAUGCCGUACCAAAUGCGAUACCUGGAAGAACAGACAUAGAAUUGGAAAUAUAUGGUAUGGAAGGUAUUCCAGAAAAAGACAUGGAUGAAAGACGACGACUUCUUGAACAGAAAACACAAGAAAGUCAAAAGAAGAAGCAACAAGAUGAUUCUGAUGAAUAUGAUGAUGACGACUCUGCAGCCUCAACUUCAUUUCAGCCACAGCCUGUUCAACCUCAACAAGGUUAUAUUCCCCCAAUGGCACAGCCAGGACUGCCACCAGUACCAGGAGCACCAGGAAUGCCUCCAGGCAUACCUCCAUUAAUGCCAGGUGUUCCUCCUCUGAUGCCAGGAAUGCCACCAGUUAUGCCAGGCAUGCCACCUGGAUUGCAUCAUCAGAGAAAAUACACCCAGUCAUUUUGCGGUGAAAACAUAAUGAUGCCAAUGGGUGGAAUGAUGCCACCUGGACCAGGAAUACCACCUCUGAUGCCUGGAAUGCCACCAGGUAUGCCCCCACCUGUUCCACGUCCUGGAAUUCCUCCAAUGACCCAAGCACAGGCUGUUUCAGCGCCAGGUAUUCUUAAUAGACCACCUGCACCAACAGCAACUGUACCUGCCCCACAGCCUCCAGUUACUAAGCCUCUUUUCCCCAGUGCUGGACAGAUGGGGACACCUGUCACAAGCUCAAGUACAGCUUCAUCCAAUUCAGAAAGUCUGUCUGCAUCUUCUAAAGCUCUGUUUCCUAGCACAGCACAAGCUCAGGCAGCUGUCCAAGGACCUGUUGGUACAGAUUUCAAACCCUUAAAUAGUACCCCUGCAACAAGUACAGAACCCCCAAAGCCUACAUUCCCUGCUUAUACACAGUCUACAGCUUCAACAACUAGUACAACAAAUAGUACUGCAGCUAAACCAGCGGCUUCAAUAACAAGUAAGCCUGCUACACUUACAACAACUAGUGCAACCAGUAAGUUGAUCCAUCCAGAUGAGGAUAUAUCCCUGGAAGAGAGAAGGGCACAGUUACCUAAGUAUCAACGUAAUCUUCCUCGGCCAGGACAGGCCCCCAUUGGUAAUCCACCAGUUGGACCAAUUGGAGGUAUGAUGCCACCACAGCCAGGCAUCCCACAGCAACAAGGAAUGAGACCCCCAAUGCCACCUCACGGUCAGUAUGGUGGUCAUCAUCAAGGCAUGCCAGGAUACCUUCCUGGUGCUAUGCCCCCGUAUGGGCAGGGACCGCCAAUGGUGCCCCCUUACCAGGGUGGGCCUCCUCGACCUCCGAUGGGAAUGAGACCUCCUGUAAUGUCGCAAGGUGGCCGUUACUGAUCUUACUUCAUCCAGUCUAAUAGCCCUGCCAUAGGACAGGCUGAGGCUGAGUCUCAGUGUUGCCCUGUUCAGUCUGAGGCAAGUGGGAUUUAUUUUAUUCCUUAUAGGGGCUUUCACAGCUUUAUGGCUGUUGGAUAUUUAUGUCCCCAAACUUGCAGCAAGUUUGGUGAAGGCCCCUAAAUUUAAUUAAACUUAGGAUUUUUAUACUCUUUUGGCAGAGAAGGCUCUAUAUUAAUAUUCACGUUUGACUGUGGUGUUAACAUAAGUAUUUCGUAUGCAAUUUUAUGUAAUUUGCUUUGUGUUACAUAAUUAACAGCUUCAGUAAAGCUUGUGUUACUAUAUUGAACUUCAGUAAAUUGACAAAAUUUGAUAUUUUUGAUUUGGAGGCAAGAAAUGUUUCAUUCAAAUUUUUUACUUUCACUUCUAGGAAAAUCUUACUGGUUUUAUUUUCUCCAUAAACUAUUAAAUUUAACCUCAAGGAUAAGUUUAAUCAUUGGAAAUGCCACUGGAUACUGAAAUCUGCAUUCUUUUUUUUGAGACGGAGUUUCACUCUUACCACCCAGGAUGGAGUGUAGUGGUGCGAUCUCGGCUCACUACAACCUCUGCCUCCCGGGUUCAAGCGAUUCUCCUGCCUCAGCCUCCCGAGUAGCUGGGAUUAUAGGCUCCCGCCACCACAUCUGGCUAUUUUUUCAGUAGGGAUGGGGUUUUGCCGUGUUGGCCAGGCUGGUCUCAAACUCCUGACCUCAGGUGAUCCACCUAUCUCAGCCUCCGAAAGUGCUGGAGUAACAAGUGUGAGCCACCGUGCCUGGCCAAAAUCUGCAUUCUGUUUUGUGGGGUUUUUUUUGUUUGUUUGUUUGUUUUUGAGACAGAGUCUCGCUCUGUCACCCAGGCUGGAGUGUAGUAGCACGAUCUCAGCUCACUACAACCUCCACCUCCUGGAUUCAAGCGAUUCUCCUGUCCCAGCCUCCCGAGUAGCUGGGACUACAGGUGUGUGCCACCAUGCCUGGCUAAUUUUUUGUAUUUUUAGUAGAGACAGGGUUUCACCAUGUUAGCCAGGAUGGUCUCGAUCUCCUGACUUUGUGAUCCCCCUGCCUCGACCUCCCAAAGUGCUGGGAUUACAGGCGUGGGCCACCACGCUUGUCCAAAAUCUGCAUUCUUAAUCACAAACUUAUGCAUUGAAUGUUAAGGCUAAAAGGUCAUCUGGAAAUGCUUAAAUUUUAAAAUGUUUUCAAGCCUCACCACAUUAGAGCAAAUGUUAAUGUAGAGCCCUGUAAAGGUGGGAAGGUGGUGUCUAUGUGUGUGCUUGUGUAUGUGGGGGUAUAGACCAUAUAGUUGAUAUAACAACAGAAUUUGGGUGUUACAGACCUUUCAGCAUGGAUGGAUUACUAAUUUUCAGGUAUCAAAACUGAAAUUUGAUACCUGAUCCUGUGGUAAAGUAUGUUAAACUAUGGUUUUGGAGUGAUUAUUUUGAGGUUCAUUUUCAGCCUCACUGAACAGUGUUUUAUGCACAUAUGAAAAGUAUCCACAUUUGUUUCCAACUAAAAUUUGCUUUUAUUUGAUGAGAAAAGUUGUGUGUGUGUGUUUAUUGUAGGGAAUAAUUAGGGAAUUGGAAGAGAGGCCAAAAACAAACCUGAAUUACUUUGUUUCUUGUGUUUGAGCCACAAUUCUAUCCAGAUAGCAGUUUACUCUGAGUAGUAACAAUGAACAAACAGUAUAGCAUUUAGCAAACCUGGAAUUGUUUGUAUAUGGUUUUCAUUCUUGGAAGCAUAAAGACAAAAUAUGCAUUAAAUGAAUUACAAAUUUUGACUUGUUAAAUAACAUGUUUUUCACUAUAACUUAAUAGGAUUUUUAUAUUUAAAGAAUUUUGUUGCUUCCAUGACAAAAUAUUCCAUUGGACUAUUUUAUAACCUCACUAAUCAACAUUUAAGAGUCCCUAAUUGGAGAUCUGUUUUCUCUAUUACCUACCAUCCCCCAAUAUGCUGAAAUCUUUCUAAGUUGCUUAUCUUAAUUCUAAUGGUGAUAAUUGAAAAAAGUGUGCUGGAAAUACAGGCUCUUAUCUGCUUGAGCACUGGGGGUGGGAACGAUUUAGUAAUGUCAUAAUCUGUUGAAGGUAAUAUCUAUAGAUAACUAAGAUAGUUCCUUUUUUUUUUUUUUUUUUUUUUUGUAGUUCUGUGACUCAGACAAAUAAGAUUUCGAGAAUUAUGUAGUUUUUAGGUGUCUGUAACAUCCACUGGUAAAACUUGUCAAAUGAAAGAAAAUGGUGAAGUCAUCACUUUAACUGAGUCAAAAUUUUGUUUGAAUAAGGUGGUGAAAGUAGACAUGUACCCUAGAAGUAGAUACUCUAAAAUUUAUACAGACAUGAAUGUCUUUUUUAAAAGGUUGUCAUUAUUGACCUAAUAUUGAAUAAUCUUUCUGCGUUAUUCCAAAUUGAAAUUUGUUUGCUCUUCAUUGUAACUUUUAUGGAAAAGUCCUUUAAAAGGGGAUUCAAUUAUAAGGCUAUUUGGCUAUAGGGCAGAUUUUUAUAAGUAAGCAUUCCCCCAAUUCCACUUAUGCUAACUAUCUCAUGACAGUAAAGUUUACUCCUUUUUAAAAACCCUUUCUCAGUAUUUUAAUUUCUGUCACUGAAUCAUUUAAAUAAUAACCUUUUGUUUUUAUAGCAAAGAAAUCAUCUGACUUUUCUGUGUGAUGUUUCUUGGCAAAAUAAGCACUUAAUGAUGUAUGGUCAUGUACAUAAUAGAUAUUCAUUAAUUUUGUGAUUAGUGCUGAAUUUUCUAAACUAGUAUCUUAAGCUCUUAGGCACCCUAUUAUGGAUCUAAUUCAAACCAGUAUGUAGGAAAUGGAGAAGGUAGGACUUCAGUUUGAGCUUCCCAAUAACUUUAAAUAUAUCCACCUUUUCCAAGUGUUUAAGCCCUAAAACAUCUAUCUUUUCUUUUUUACCUGGCAUUUUUGUUAGAACAUAGAUUUAAGUUUUAAAGUAACAUUAGAAAAAAUUCUUCAGUAAGAUAAUUGCUUUUAAUAAGUACUAUAUUUUUCUUGCUCUUGGCUCUAUACAUUUUUGCAUAAUAUUUUAGUCUUGAAAAGCUUUUCAUUUUCUUAACUCUGGAAAAUAAUAGUUUGGAACUAAAUUAGUUUGAGAAAUCUGAAUCAUCUCUCUUUAAAUCUGUUCAAUUAGUCUCAUGUAUUCUCAGGGGAAAAUGUCUUUAUUUUACUAAGCGGAAGUAGUAGUCAUAUUGAGGCAGAAAUUUGUAGCCCAAACGAGGUAGAUCUUCGCUGAAACUAAUUUGAACUAUUCCUAUUUGAAGCAAAUUGAACACUAUUAUAAAUCCAGACUGGCUAAUUAGAUGGAAACUUUGAUGGUUAGGUUCUUUAAGAGGCAUACAAUCAGUUAUGAGAAUGUUUAUAUUUUAAUUUUUAUCAAAAUAACCUCAGAGGAGGUACAUGUGAGUAAACUGUCUUAAUGGUUGAUUACUUGGAACCCACCCAUUAAUUUAAAUGAUGUAAUGGUCUAUAAGGUAGUAAUCUGGCACAGCUUCAGUAAUGUGUGCUGUGUUUGUAAAAAGAUCAAGUCCUUUAUUGGCAUUUUCUAAGCCCUCUGACAUUGUUAGUGUCUGGGUUGGUUGGUUUGCAUUUUACUAUUAUGGUUGAAUCUGUGUUCCUUCACCAUUGGUUAAGUCUGAGGAACUAACAGUGAAAUUCAUUGAUGGCCAACUUGGAUAAAAAUGAAGAAUGAUAUUUUCCCAGUUUACUACACAUGGACCAAUGGUGGUUAUUUGGGAGAGAACACUGGGUAGUGUUGUUUGACUUAAGAACCUUAAAUGUAUUGAAAAGUAACAGCAUUCUUGCUCAUGAUUUGCGUUUGUUACUGAGGUCUCAACAUAGUAUUUUAAUGUAGCUUCUUAUUAAAAUUUUAUUCAUAAAUAGUUUAGCAAUCACAGAGGUCAAAAAAAAAAAAAAAAAGAUUUGCACUAUCAUAUCCCAGUCAUUACUAAUAAAAUGAGGCUGCUUAAGUACCCAAGUGGAGCAAGGGAAGAGUUACUACAGUUACUGUAAGUCUGAGUUAGAAAAAAAACAGAGCAUCUAGUUAUUGAGCAAAGCCCCUUUUUACCUGUUCACUUAUUCAAGGAGAAACAAUGGAAUUUGCUUCUCAGUACAUGUUUUUAAAAUUGAGAAUCUCUGAUGUGACAAAAUCAAUUUUUACGAAAGUUGAAUUAAAAACUUUUAAAAAUUGCUUGUCUGUGGGGGUGUGUCUACAUAUUCGUUUAAAUUUAGAAAUUCCUACAUGUUUAAGAUAUAUGCCCAUCCCCUUUUUAGAGUAAUCAAAAGUUCUAUCACAAUUCACAUACUGGAAUACAUAGUAAAAUUGAGAUGUGUCCAAGAGAUUUUCAGUGUUAAUUAGCUCAUUCUCAAUAGACAAUAUAAGGUAACUUAACUUUUGUUAAAAAAAAAAAAAAAUAGGGAAAAGUUUUAAAUGUAUUAGUAUCAGGCUCUGAGGAAAUUUAAUGCACAUUGACUUUUUAAACUAUGGAUUGAACUCCUCAGUUUAAUACAAUUUGUGUUUUUGUUAACUAGCAGCAGAAUUUCAGCAUUUGCUACUUACUGGUAGAGAAGAAAAAUCCCACAGCCCUGCCAGUACAGGUUAGUUUAAUCUGUAAGUACCUGAUGUUCCUAUUUUUUUCAAACAUAUCCAUAUAACUCACACAAGGAAGAAAGCUGUGCGGUUACUUAAAUGUCAGUAUAACUAAUAAUAGAUCCAUUGGACACUUUAAACGCUCAGUACUUGGGCCAAAGUAGAUCUAGGUUUGCUAACCCCAGUUGUAAUAGAGGUGUAAUACUGCUCCUUUGUUAUCUCCUUGUGCUUCAACCUAAGUAGAUACAUUGUACAUAAAAGGAAAAGACAGUUUCAGUUGGCUAUGCCCUUGUUGAUAGAUGAUACGGAGUCCAGGGCUUUGGGUCCAGGGUCUUCUACUUAAGCUAUUUCAUGGUGGUUCUCUCAUUCACCUUUUAACUUUUUACAGUAGGAAUCAACCUAAGAAAGGCGAGUUUCCUCACAUCAAGAAAUGAUAAGUGGUGUACAGUCAUAAGCUAGAAUAUGUUUUUAUAAUGCUUUUUUGUUCUUUUAGCAACACUUGUAAAUACAAGUACUGCUAUUUUUGUUCUUUUUUUGUAAACUAUAACGUAUCCUGUUGGUGUACCAGUGAGUUCAUUAUACUGUGAACUAAGAAUAACAUACCUUUUUAAUAUUGAAAGUUGACUACCCAUCAAGAAAUGUAGCUAGAUUCUUCAUGUAACACUUUUGAGGGGCAGUGGGGACAUAAUGGGUUGUGGAAGAUGUGUUUUAACAUUUUUAUUAUUUUCUUUAUUCUACCCGAGUUCAUUGUUGUUUGAACCAUCCUCUAAAGAUUUCCUUUAACCUCUAAAUGUUGUGCUUUUAGGUUGAUAACAAACGUAAAGCACUGAGGAGGGAGGAAUAAAGCAUACAAGUUAAUUUCUAAUUUUCGCAAGCCUGAACCAUCCUAAUCUGAUAGUAGGAUGUAUGGCUUCUUCCUUUUCACCUUGUGUGAGAUGUUUAAUUUGAGACGAUCUAGCCAUAAAACCUAGUAAUCUUGAAUUCCUCUUGAGCUGGAUGGUGAUUAGUCAUUGUGAAAACAGAUUAUCUUUAUAUGGAAAUUGUGCAUAUUGCUAAAUUUUAAAACAUGGAUUUAUCAGCUGAUAAUAAAAUAUAUCUUACAAGAUAACCACUUGUUUUUUAAUGUAAAAUUGCACAAGGGCUUAAGUUUCAUUGCCUUUCACAGUUUAAUCUGUAUAUGAAAUGGUGUAGAUACAGUGGAAAUGGUUUUCCUUAAAACCAUCUCUUUAAAGCUGCCUUUCUGGUGAGUACUAUUUUAUACUUUUAUAUAUUAUAAUUUUAGCUUCUAAAAUUAACUGAAAUAGGACACUUUGAUUAAAGAGGUGAGCACUCUGAAUUUCUACAUCUUUGGAUAUUACUUGAAUCAAGAAUAUUAGAAAAUUAUUUUACCACCUGGCAUUUCCCUUUUAAUUUGCUAGUUCACUUUUUUCUGACCUUCACAUAACAGACUAUAAAUACAAAAACUUUUAACACAUAAAUUAUUUCAUUUUGGUGAGAUGGAAUAAAUGUUUAAAACUAGUAUUUAAGAAAGUUCUUAAACAUUUUCUUUUUAGUUGGCAGCCAAAAGAUUUUUCUUAGUGCUUUGGAGACAUUGCAUAGGUGUAAAAUUAAGAUACCAGAACUUCAUUCUGUUCUUGUUGAAGCUGUUGUUGCAGUGAUUCAUGAGCAGUAAGCUGGAGUUAAGAGUUGAAGAAGGAUUUACCAAAAUUGUUCAUGCAGACCAGUUGCUUACAGGGUUUCUUUGAGAGGCUUAAAAAUUUCAAAAGUAUUAUUUAAGCCACUCUAACCCUGCAUGAAAAAUUGGAGUUAGAAAUACUGAUUUCUGAGACCACAUAUACCAGUGAAAAUUAGCUUCUGAGUAAAUUUCUAAUUUAUGCCCUGCUUUAUUUAGCCUCGCUAUAUGUAACACAUGGAUUAUUUUUUCCCUCUAGUUUUUAACUACAUCCUAGAUUAAAAUCAGCAUAUGCUAAGAAUGUUUUUACAUUCUAUUUCCUCCUGUGAUCUUUGAGAACCAAUAAUAUUCAACUCUGAUGCUUUUUAGUAUGAACAAUGAUAGUUUUCUAAAAUCUGAAAAUCAAUACCUGAGUAUGUGAUGUGGCAAUGCAUUCUUAUAGAUAAGCACUAAACAAAGUAUGGAACCUCAAUUUGUGUCUUUAAGAUUUAAAGUGAAGUAAAUUUCUAAGGAACUGUGUCCUUUCCUAGCAGGAAUAAACAGUGAAAAUUUGGUAAGUAUUUAACUUUAAGUGCAUGUAAUAGUGAUGAGAGUAAGUAGCUGCAUUUCCAUAGUAUAAGAUAAUGUUUAAAAGUGAGCAAUAAUUAUUGCAUCUCUUUUGCGACUUAAUGUAGAUGUGUUUAACAUUUUUUACAAAUUUGUGUGCAUAAAGAUUAAAUUGGAACAUACCUUACUCCUUUGUCUGGUUUUUUUAUUUUGUAUGGUGCUUUAAAUACUAAUUUUAUAUUUCAAGCUUUUUACAGGGUAGAAAUAAGUGGCUGUUAAAGAAAAUACCUUCAAGAAGAAUUAUUUCAGUGUCCCUUUUUAAAACUCAUUGAUGGCUUUCAGUUUACUUAAGUCUUCUGUUUUUCAGCUCCAGUUAAAACUGACAAUAGGCAGCUAUCAAAAAUGGAAAAAAUCUUGUGCUCUUUCUGGAAUAUUAGAGGAAUCAGUUAAUAAUAGUAAAGUGGUAUUAACCCAAUACCUGAUUUGCAGUUUUUAAAGCAGUUUUUAAAUUGAGAGAAAAGGGGCCGGGCCCAGCUGAGGCGGGUGGAUCUCCUGAGGUCAGGAGUUUGAGACCAGCCUGGCCAACAUAGUGAAACUCCGUCUCUACUAAAAAUACAAAAAUCAGCCAGGUGUGGUGGGACGUGCCUGUAACCCCAGCUACUCGGGAGGCUGAGGCAGGAAAAUCACUUGAACCCGGGAGGAGGAGGUUGCAGUGAGCCGAGAUGGCGCCAUUGCACUCCAGCCUGAGUGAGAGAGCGAGACUCCGUCUCAAAAAAAAAGGGGGGGGGGGGUGAUGAGAUUUGGGAGUCUAUUCCCUGGGAUGUUGUAUUAAUAAUAAAGUGAUAAUAAAUGAAGGUUAAAGUGAAGUGUUCAAUUGCUACACCAGGAAAGAUUGAUUAUUUCUGAGGAAAAGGUCCGUUUAUUUCCAAACUAGUCUGUAGUGGUUUAGAGUAAGCAUUAUUUUAUGAAGUGGUACAAGAUCACAAAGGUUAGUAAAGGGACCUGUCUGUCAGGUCAAUCUUCAGUCUUCACUUUUACUGGCAAGGGAUUAUGUGAAGAGUAGGUCGUACAAGGGAUAUGAUUGUAAGGAGGUCCUGAACAAAGCAUGAUAAAUGUUAGUCCAUGUGUAUUAUUAAAUGGUCUAAAGAAAAAUCAUGACCGAUCGCAUAAUUUUUAAUGUAAGUAAACGAGCUCACUAAGGGUAAUUAAAUACUAGCUUUUAAAAUUUAAAGUUCUCACAAAUAUUAGUGCAUCUUGUCACUUUGAUUUGUCACCUAGUUAAAUAGCUGGAAGCUUGUGCAAAUGAAAAAUGAAAUGGAAGACUACAUUUGUAUGUAUAUCUGUAUAAUUUUUGUUUACUAGUAGGUUCAGAGACAGAGAGAUGUUCCUUAACAUGUAGCCAUGUAAUUAGAACUCACAAGGGGCAUCGAAAUGUUUUUAUUUUUCAGAUGGUCUGGGGCUAUUUACUUACUUUAAGUAAGCCAAGUCUGCCAUUUGAAAAAUGGUGCUUUAUUUCCAUAUCUGAAGCCUGAAGUUAUUUUUUAGUUUGUUUUCAUCUAAAAGUGGAAAGAUUUUUGCUUCUGCGUUAUUAAGAGCCUCUUUGUUUGGAGAGAUGGUUAUCUCCUUCACUCAUUAACCUUUGAGUGCUUGUUAUCUACCAAGAUGAAUAAAAUCUUUCAUUUAUUAUU